UCGUUCCCUGGACGUGCGCAAGGUACGUGUGUCCUUUGUUACUGCACAUCUGUCGCCAAAAAAGGCUCUCUCCUGUGCAGUAAACAUACAAAAUAUAUAUAAUCCCUUUUCGACGAACUUCCGUUCAUCAUGUCCCUUCCGCCACCUCCAGGUCUCCAACAACAAUCGUCUCAACCUCCGUCCUCGAAACCACAACCGUACACGUCUCUACCCGCACGACCACCUCCCUCUGCAUCUUUCCAGCCAGCAGGAGCCCCCGGGGCUUCCAAUACUAUUCCCCCUACUCCUUCGACUAGACCCAGUACCGGUUACAGCUCCUUCACAGCCUUCCAGCCCCGUACUGUAACUACAAGCCAGCCAGCUUCUCCAGCUGGCUACCAAUCCCAUGCCCCGCACUACUCCCGGCCGCCCUACGGGCAGCCCAACGUAGCAUAUUACGGACAACACCACCAAUACCAACAACAGCAACAUCAACAGACAGUGGGCGCUUACGGCCAGUCGGGUGCCCCUCACAUCCAAAACCCCUUCCCGUAUCCCAACCAAGCAUCAACCAAUGCAUACGGCGGCGCCGGAAGAGGCUAUGCCCGCCACACGGCGGACUCAGGCCUCGACCCGGACACCGAAGCGCAAAUUGCCCAAUGGCAGAGCGCGUAUAUGGGUAGGGAGAGCAUUGAAGCUGCCCAAGCCGUAGCAAAUACUGGAGGCACUAAAGGCGCAUUUGCCGCUACAGGCGCCAACACAGGACCUCUAGGAACCGUCCAGCGCAUGCACGACUCAGCCAUAUCGACACCAAUCUCUAGCGGUCCGCACACGACUUCGUCCACGCCUAUCCCGCUAGGCGUAGGCGCAGGCGCAGGCGCAGGCGCAGGUACAGCCGCCAUCGGCGCACCACCGGCGGCAGGCACAGGCGGAACCGCAACUCCAGACGAACCAGCCAAGACCGUCCUCCGCUCGGGUGGCGGGCAGAGCUGGACGGACUCCACGCUCCUCGAAUGGGAUCCGGCCCACUUCCGUCUCUUCGCAGGCAACCUUGCCGGCGAAGUCACAGACGAUUCGCUCUUGAAGGCGUUUUCGAAGUACCCAUCCGUGCAGAAGGCGCGGGUGAUUCGCGACAAGCGCACGGAGAAGAGUAAAGGGUAUGGGUUUGUGAGUUUUAGUGAUGGGGAGGAUUAUUUUCGCGCGGCGAGGGAGAUGCAGGGGAAGUAUAUUGGGUCACAUCCGGUCUUGUUGAGGAGGGCUAUGACGGAGAUUAGACCUGUGGCGGCGUCGAAGGUUGCGGGGACAGGGGGGAAGGGCGGUGGGAAGAAACGUGGAGGGGGUGGUGGUGGUGGUGCUGGAAAGGGUGCUGGAAAGGGUGCUGGUGGUGCUGGUGGCGGCGGGGGUGGUGGUGGCUCGAAAGUUAUCGAUGGUGGUAUACAGAAGAAGCAAGGGAAGACGAAAGGGGGUUUGAGGGUUCUUGGGUAA